AUGUCCUCCUCUAACCAGUCCAUGCGUGGCAAACUACACCUCCUGUUUGUCCGGCAUGGCGAAACCCAGGACAAUAUUGAUCGUCUAAUGCAAGGCCAUCGAGACACCAACCUGACCGAGAAAGGCGUUCGAGAAGCACAUGUUCUGGCGGACAAGCUGCGUGGACAGCACAUCGACAGCGUCUACCAUUCUCCACUGCGUCGUAUUGUCCAGACCAUCGAACCCCUUCUGUCCGACCGGCCGGGUGUCCAGGUACAUGCGGACGAGGAUCUCAAGGGCCAGGGACUCGGCGAGUUGGAGGGAUGUUCGUAUGACGCGAUAGACAUGGGCAACCCGAGGAGUGCGGAUGGUCAGCCCGGCGUGGAGCUCUUUGACGAUUUUGUGCGACGGCUGAAGAGGUCCUUCGCCCGUAUCGUGGGCGCAGAGGCUCCUCAAGUUCAGCAGCAGGACCGAACUGUCGUGAUUGCAACCCACGGCGUGGGCAUCACCUCGCUCUUCAAGGCUCUCGAGUCUAGUCCGUCAUGUCAAGGUUUCAAUCCCCCACUCGCCACUCGAGGCCCGCAGGCGUUUGAGGUUAGAUGGACCGACAGCGACGAUGUUGCGAGGCUGCUGGUCUCGCAGCCGGCAAAUCUACCCGUCACAGAUGGAUUGCUGGAUUGGUCAGCAAUCUCUGGCCAACCGUUUCUGAUCGAGCGCUGGGGCAAGGAAGAGAAGGCUAUAUGA